UGUGAUUUUAUUCACCUCCUGACAGACCAAAGAUGGAACUGAAAAUCUUCAUUGUUCUCUUCUGCACUCUUUUCACUGGAGGACAUUCACUACAAUGUAAUGAGUGUUCAGGUGAGGUGGGUUCUUGUGAAAGCAAAGUGAAGAUGUGUCCAGGCACUGAAACAUGUUCAAGUGUAACAACUGUAGUAUCAACUGGUGGCACUGAACUUAAAAUGCAGUCUAAGGGUUGUGCAGUGACGGAGAGUUGUAUAAAUGCAUCUUCUAACCUCGGAUUUACAAGGACAGUUACAUCUACACAAUGCUGUAACACAGACCUUUGUAAUAGCAAAGACGCCCCAGAUUACGGCUCUAACAGCCCCAAUGGAAAACAAUGUUACUACUGUGAUGGACAGAGUUGCUUCAACAAAUUAAACUGUUUAGGAGAUGAAGACUACUGCGUUACAGCUACACAAACUGCUGAGUCUAUGACUCUUAAAGGAUGUGCCUCUAGAUCCAUCUGUGAUGCUGCAACACAAGGGAAUGAAGAUUACAUGAGCUUCACAUGCUGUCAGGGGAAUCUGUGUAACGGUGCUAAGAGCGUCACACAGAAUCUUCUCUUUCUCUUAUGGCCGCUCUUCUUCUACAACCUGAUCCAUUAAAUUCAGCAAAACUUCACUCUACAGCACAAAUGUGAGAUAUUGUGGUGGGAUUAGUUUUAUGCAUCUUAUCACUGCAACAGCAGUAUGUGACAUAUUUUGGAUUUUAAAAAAAAGUUUUAUUUCAUAUAGCUUAAUUUUCAUUGUAUUUUUUGGUAUAAUUUUCAUACUAUUUUUUGUUUAGAAGAAGACAAUACUGCAAAUAGAGAAAACAUGAAAUAAAAUGUAACCACACCACUAUACACUUGUUUCAAUUUUUGUUUCAAUAAGUCUUUAUAAGCCUUAACAUUUGACAAUGAUAUUGUAAUGAACAAAGUUUCUAAACGAAGUUAACUAACUGUAAUUAUUGGUAUGAACCAGCAGGUGGCAGAAGAUAAGCAUACAUAUGCAGGCAUCUGCAUACAGUUUUGUUUAAAGAUAUAUUUUUUAUUUACUGGGACACACCUUUAAUGCAGACUUGUACCUAAAUAAUCUCCGGGGUCAAUGAUUACAGCCCUCAUUUGCACAGCGGGUACCUUUUUAUGGUAUCUGAACUAUUAGAAUGUUCACACCACAGGACCUGGGAAUGAUUUUAUUAUUAGA